GAAAUUGUUGUAAAAGCCAGUAAAUUCUUAAGGGAGAACCCCGAAAUACGAAAUACUUCGAAAUACUUUUAAAGGCAACUCGAAAAUGGUUUGCAAGGGCUGUGGCACAAACUGCAAGUGCAGCGACUCCAAGUGCGGCGACAAUUGCUCGUGCAAUCAGGACUGCAAGUGCGUCUGCAAAACGGGCACCAAGGAGCAGUGCUGCAGCACAAAGACCACGUAAACAGUCUAAGUAAACGGAUAUUGUUCCAAUUAUGCACUCAUCUCUGAGUGAAUGCAAACAAAUGGAGCUGCUACAGAAAAGUGUGAAAAAAAACAACAACAAAAAAAACAAAAAAAUGUUUACAAUAUGUGUUAGUCUGUCGAAUAUAUGUAUGUAUGGCAUAUCUUGAUAUGCCUUGAUUGAUGCA